CAGCACAUGGAAUUUCAUAACCUGAGCUCUUCCUCUCCCUUUCCUUCUCUCUCUCCCUCUACUCUGCCUCCCUCCCUCCCUCCCUCCCCAACUACCUUUACCACUACAUUGGGGUCACAGGCUCCCUGCCUCCCUACUUCUUCCCCCAAGGUGUCUGCCUUCCUCUUGCCUACCCUGGGAGUGGAGUUCAUCCUGGGGCUGGUGGGGAACAGCUUGGCGCUCUUCAUCUUCUGCGUCCACACGCGACCCUGGACCUCCAACACGGUGUUCCUGGUCAGCCUGGUCGUCGCGGACUUUCUCCUGAUCGUCAACCUGCCCCUUCGCAUGAACUACUACCUCCUCCACGAGAUCUGGCGUUUCGGGGCCGGCGCCUGCAAGGUCAACCUCUUUCUGCUGUCCACCAACCGCACGGCCAGCGUGGUCUUCCUCACAGCCAUCGCGCUCAACCGCUACCUGAAGGUGGUGCAGCCCCACCAUUGGCUGAGCCGGGCCUCGGUGUGGGCAGCCGCCCGGGUGGCCGGGGGGCUCUGGGUGUGCAUCCUGCUCCUCAACUUGCACCUGCUCCUGACCACCUAUACCAACCAGUCCUGCCUCAGUUACCAGCUGGGCACACGCCCCUCGCCCUGGCUUCACUGGCACCAUGCUCUGUAUGUGCUGGAAUUCUUCCUGCCGCUGGCGCUCAUCCUCUUUGCCAUUGUGAGCAUCGGGCUGACCAUCCGGCGCCGCGGCCUCGGGGAGCAAGCAGGCCCGCGCAGGGCUAUGCGCGUGCUGGCCGCAGUGGUGGCCGUCUACACCAUCUGCUUCUUGCCCAGCAUCCUCUUCGGCCUGGCAUCCGUGGUGGCCUUCCGCCUGAAGGCCUGCCAUGCCGUGAACAUUUGCUCACAGCUCUUUCACGGCUCGUUGGCCUUCACCUAUCUCAAUAGCGUCCUAGAUCCGGUGCUCUACUGCUUCUCCAGCCCCAACUUCCUCCGCCGGUGCCGAGCCUUGCUGGGCUUCGCCCAGGGCGGGCAGGGCCCAGCCAGUGAUGAGAGCUUCUACCAGCCCUCCAACAGGGAACAGGAGGCCUCCAGGAAGGCGGAGGCUGCUGGGAAGCUGCAGGCGGAGGUCUCACUGGAGGUCUCGCCGGAGUAA